AUGUUCAGUAUUGCAGAAUCACUUGCACUUGCUCAACAUCCAAUAAGUGAGCAAGACCUGGUUGUUCAUAUUCUCACUCAAUUAAAUGAUGAGUAUGAUCAUAUUGUUCCUGCCCUGCGUGUGCGUCCGGAGCCCAUCACCUUCUCAGAACUAAAGGACGUGCUUGUUGAAUUUGAGAGACAACAACGGAAGAAGGAUGCUGCUAGACAAUCUAUGGUGGCUACGGUGAAUGUGACGCAAAGACAACAUGGAUUUCCAAACUCUGGCCGGAACGGUGCUAAAUCGAAUCGAGGUAACAAUGGUCAAUCUUUUUCACAGUAUUCGCACUCACGGAAUUUCAAUCAACAACGACGGAAUGUGAUCUGUAAGUUCUGUAAUCUCACUGGUCAUGAGACUCGUGAGCGUCGCAAGUUGCAACGUUUCUUGCGGGAUAAUAAUGUCUCACUAGAAACUAAGUUUGGCACCAGGCCGGUAGUAAACACUACUACGACAACUACUGCUCAUCAUCAACAACCUUGGUUGUUUGAUUCUGGUGCAUCCCCAUCAUACUACUUCCGACUCUUCGGUGCUUCACUCUGUUACUGA